GAAUCUGUUCUCACUCAAUAUUUUUCAUUUUUUUAAAAGAAAAAAAAAAAAGAAAAAUUCAUAUUUUAUUCACUUGUGUUCUUUGUUUCUCCAGCGUCAGAUCUUUCAAUUUUUUCUCAUAAAAACCAAAAAACAUUCGACCAAUCCACAAUCUCCUUCCCUUUAUACAAGCAAGCGCGCCAAAUACAAAAAUUUUCUUGUUCUCUCUCUUCUUCUUCUUCUUCAGGAUCUCCCUCUUAUGGCGGAGCCUCCCACCAGUCCUGCCGGCGGCAGCCACGAAAGCGGCGGUGAACAGAGCCCUAACACAGGUGGUGUUCGUGAACAAGACCGAUUCCUUCCGAUCGCUAAUAUUAGUCGGAUCAUGAAGAAAGCCUUACCUGCUAAUGGCAAGAUCGCUAAAGACGCUAAAGAUACCGUCCAGGAAUGUGUCUCCGAAUUCAUUAGCUUCGUUACUAGCGAGGCGAGUGAUAAGUGUCAGAAGGAGAAGAGGAAGACUAUUAAUGGUGAUGAUUUGCUUUGGGCAAUGGCGACGUUGGGAUUUGAGGAAUAUAUUGAUCCGCUUAAGUCGUACCUUACUAGAUACAGAGAGUUGGAGUGUGAUGCUAAAGGAUCUUCUAGGGGUGGUGACGAAUCUGCUAAAAGAGAUGCAGUUGGAGCCUUGCCUGGUCAAAAUUCCCAGCAAUAUAUGCAGCCGGGAGCAUUGACCUACAUAAAUACUCAAGGACAGCAUAUGAUCAUUCCUUCAAUGCAGAACAAUGAAUAGGAGUUUCCUGCAUUUCCACUUGGAUUGCCUGAAUUCUGAGGCUGGUAGAAGCUUUCAACACCUACAUAAGCAUCUUUACAAUCGAUUUGGCUGCUUUUAUUAUGAAAUGAUGAUAUUAUAAUACAUAUUUCUGGGGUUUCUGUGUUGGUUCUGGAUUUGAUUUUGGUUUAGGCUUUAAAGUGGGCUUCGAUUUUAUUGAUGGUCUCGUCAGCUAUAAGUCAUUGUAAAUUUGGGAACUUCAAUUCAGUAUAGUUGCUUUGGUAAUUUGGAAACUGGAAAAUAUUAUCCUCUUUCCCCCACUUCUGUUUCUUUUGUUUUGUUUCCCCCACUGAUUAAGAAAGUGAUGCAUAAUAUCCCUCUCCCCUUCCCUUUUACCA